CUUUUCAGUCUUUUUCAAACUUUCGUCUCGAACAGAUAAAUUGGAUACGUUAGAAUUCAUUCAGUGAAAAACAAUAUAAGUUUCUUCAUCCUUUUUUUAACUAUAAGAUUUUUACUUAAAAGUAAAUAAGUGAAAAAUUUUGAGAAUCAGUGAAAAAACCCAGGCAUACAGUGAGGAUUUACUUAAAAUUCAAAAUGCCGGAAGAAAAUGUAAAAGUAAAGAAACAAGAAUUUAAAUGGGUCUCUGUUCUGUGGUUUAUUCAUCUUCAGGUGCUUGGAAUGUAUGGAUUCUAUCUUCUAGUUACACAAGCUAAAUGGUUGACUGUAAUAUACGCUGUUGUUGUUAUGAGCCUUGCUGGAUUGGGAAUAACUGCAGGAGCUCACAGAUUUUGGGCCCAUGAGGCUUUUGAGGCUUCGGGAGCAAUAAGACUGUUUCUAAUGUUAUGUCACACACUUGCCGGUGUGGGUCCUAUUUAUGAUUGGGUAUUAUCACACAAGAUACAUCAUAAGUUUUAUGGAACGGAAAAUGAUCCAUAUGAUCACAAUAAAGGAUUUUUGUACAGCCAUGUAUUUAGUAACUUAAUGACUGAAACUCCCGAAAGAAAAAAGGUUGAAAAGGAUAUUGACAUGCGGAUUAUUGAGGUAGAUGGAUAUGUGUGGAUACAGAGAAGAUUAUACUGGAUAUUGUUUCCGUUCUUGGGCUUGCUGCUUCCGAUGAAUGCUCCUGCUGAAUAUUGGGAAGAAUCUAUAAUGAAUUCUAUUUUUAUUCUUGGAUUUCUACGCUUGGCUGUUUCCUAUCAAAUAUCCUGUUUAGUGAAUAGUGCUAUGCUCAUCUGGGGGCUCAAGCCAGGAGACAAAUUUCCGGUUGAUGACAAUUCGAUAUUUAUAAUUAACAAAUCAUACUGGCCAAAUUACCAUUAUCUGCUGCCUUGGGAUUGGAAAACAGGCGAAUUCGGAGGAUACGACAAAGGAUGGACGACGUUUGCUAUUAGAAUGUGGGAACCCAUGGGACUGAUAUCAGCAUUGAAAACCGUAUCGUGUCAAGCUGUUCAAGAUGUAUUAUUUAUGGCUGCCGGUAAAAAGAAGUCUUCCACUGAAUGUUGGGACACAUUGAAGACCAUUGCAGAUGAAGAAGCACAGAAAGCAGCUUUACGUUAUCAUCAUUAAUUUUUAAGAUUUGCAAUAAUACCAAGAGAUUAAAAGAUAUUUUGUAUUAAUGGGGAUGUUCAAUACACUAAUUCCUCAAAGUAA